AUGCAUGUAAAAGAGACGGGAAACAUCGUCAUGUCGACCACGGGUCCCAUAAGUAAUUAUUAUGUGGAUUCCUUGAUAAACCACGAGAACGAGGAUGUUCUGGCGACUCGGUUUUCGGCUCCUGGUUCACUCUCCUCCAGUCACCGUCCGACACCACUGGUACCGGAAUGCGUGGAUUAUCCGUCUUGCAGCUUUGCCCCAAAACCAUCCGUCUUUACAACUUCUUGGGCCCCUGUUCAUUCGCAGUCAUCAGUGGUUUACCAUCCCUAUACUCACCAACCUCAUUUAGGGACAGAUUCAAGGUACAUGCGAUCAUGGCUCGAGCCAAUCCCCGGCACUGUGUCCUUUCCCGGCUACCCAGCGAACAGCAGGCAUUACGGACUGAAGCCCGACGCCUUCCAGGAGCACCGAACUGGAGAAUGCCUUGGCUCGAACGGUAGGACGUACUCAGAUUAUCUCUACUGCUCCUCUGUCGACAUCCGAGAAAAGUCGCAGCAGCAGACCCCAUCGCCUGAGUCGGAGAUCUUGGCUUCCGGGAAGCACAAAGACGAGAAGGCUGAAUUAGACCCGAACAACCCUGUGGCUAACUGGAUCCACGCACGCUCUACAAGGAAGAAGCGAUGUCCUUAUACCAAAUAUCAAACUCUCGAACUCGAAAAGGAAUUUUUAUUUAAUAUGUACCUCACAAGAGACCGACGAUAUGAGGUAGCCAGAGUGCUUAACCUGACGGAGCGACAGGUUAAGAUCUGGUUCCAGAACCGACGUAUGAAGAUGAAGAAAAUGAACAAGGAAAAAGCCGACGGCAAGGAACAGUAG